AUGCCCUUCGCGGUAUGGUGCACGAACUGCAAACCGCACGAGACGAUCAUCGGACAAGGGGUGCGCUUCAACGCCGAGAAGAAGAAAGUCGGAAACUACUACUCCACGCCCAUCUAUAGCUUUCGCAUGAAACACACCGCUUGUGGGGGAUGGAUCGAAAUCCGCACGGAUCCGCAGAACACGGCGUAUGUGGUUACCGAGGGAGGGAGGAAACGGGAUACCGGAGAGGAGAAGGAUCUGGGCUUGGGGGAGAUUACGAUCAAGUUGCGAAGGGAGGAGGGAGGGGAGAGUGACCCGUUGGCUAAGUUGGAGGGGAAGGUCGAGGAUAAGAGGAGGGCGGAGACGGAACAGAGUCGGCUGCUUGAUCUGCAGCGACGGCAAAAUCGCGAUUGGGAGGACCCGUACGAGCAGUCGAGGCGGCUGCGACGGGGAUUCCGGGCGGAGCGGAAGGUGCUUGAAACGGCGGAAGCGAAGAGCGAGGCGUUGAAGGAUAAGAUGAGCUUGGGGAUCGAUCUGGUGGACGAGACGGAGGAGGAUCGGCUACGUGCUGGGUUCAUCGACUUUGGGCCUGCCAGUGAUGCGACUACUCGCACUCGACCCAUGUUUGACUCCUCAAUAACGACGACAGCAAGGGGAUCUCCGCUCGCUUCGGGGAGUAGACAUGGGAAGAGACCGAAGGCGGCUGAUCUUGCUGCAGACCGGAAGGCGAUCUUGCGCAGUGAGUUGACGAGUAAUACGCGCGCAGCGGUCGAUCCGUUCCUAAGUCAAGAUGCGAAUAUAUGGCAGCCAGAGAGCAAGCGGCGAAAAACUACGCUGAACAAACCGGCAGAGACGAUUAAGGAUACCGAAGACAACCAGUCUGCCCGGCCAUCUUCUACCGUGUCGGAUGAGUGUUUGAAGGAAACAGGUACAUCGGAUCAGAAGCAGCCUGGUGCUGUGACUGCUCUGGUUGCUUAUGCUUCUGAUUCAGAUUGAGCUGUUCUUUCGGGGCCCUCAAUGCGAUGCCUGUAUAUAAAGUUGCUUGGGCGUUUUACUUAGAAAUAG